AUGGAGACGCUCACGGAAGUGGAGGCGCGCAAAAAUGUACUUUUUGGCACGCUGUCCUCCGGCAUCAAUACUAAACGCAAGAGGAGUGAGUGGGAGAGUGUGUGCGAGGCUGUCAAUGCAGUGGGGAGUAAUAACGGACUGGGACCGGCGGGUCCGGCGCCCUGGAACCGUUCUCUGGACCGGGCGCUGGACGAAGCCUCGGCCACCGGGUGCCUGAACCUCAGCGGCAGGAAGCUGAAGGAGUUUCCCCGGAGCGCCGCCAACCACGACCUGACGGACACCACCAGGGCCGACUUGUCCCGUAACCGUUUGUCAGAGCUUCCUCUGGACGUCUGUCUCUUUGUGUCUCUGGAGAGUCUGAACCUUUACCAGAACUGUCUGAGGUCGCUGCCAGACAGUCUCCUCAACCUGCAGGCCCUCACCUACCUGAACCUCAGUCGGAACCAGCUGUCUGUCCUCCCUGCAGUGGUCUGCAGUCUUCCUCUGAAGGUUUUGAUUGCCUGUAACAACAAACUGGUGUCCCUUCCAGAAGAAGUUGGACUGCUGAGACACCUCACUGAACUGGAUGUGAGCUGUAAUGAGAUACAGACUCUGCCGUCUCAGAUGGGUCAGCUGGAAGCUCUACGAGACCUGAACAUCAGGAGGAACCACCUGGUCCGCCUGCCGCCAGAGCUGGCGGAGCUCCCUCUGGUGCGUCUGGACUUCUCCUGUAACAAAGUGACCUCCAUCCCCGUCUGUUACCGACAGCUCACACAGCUACAGACCAUUGUCCUCGACAACAACCCUCUGCAGACCCCACCUGCACAGAUCUGCAUUAAAGGGAAGGUCCACAUAUUUAAGUACCUGAACCUGGAGGCCAGUAAGACGACCCCCGACCUCCCAGACUACGACAGACGACCUUUGACCUUCAGCUCCUGUGUUGACGAGCUGUACCCCGGGCGUCCGUAUGGAGCGUUGGAUUCUGGCUUCAACAGCGUGGACAGCGGAGACAAGAGGUGGUCAGGGAACGAGCCCACAGAGGAGCUGUCAGAGCUGCCGCUGCGCGUCGCCGAGAUUAGCCGGGAGCAGAGACACCGAGCAGGAGGAGGAGGAGGAGGAGGGGGCGGGGCUCUGUUGGCUAACGGCACACACGUGGAGUCGGAGCAGAUUGACUUCAUCGACAGCUGUGUGGGUGAGGAAGAGGAGGAGGAGGGGAGGAGUCGAGGGGGAGGGAGCAGGGACAGCGUCAGCCUGAGCUCUCAGUUCAUGGCCUACAUCGAGAGACGCAUCACCAGGGAGGGUUCUCCGGUCAAAACCAACUCGAGGACAGAGGACACGAGGAGACACAACAGGAGCGUGGUCGACGGUGUCACAGCGCUCUCUAGUGCACAGAGCCAGAGAGGUGGUAUUGGUCCAGGGGGCGUGGAGAGGAUGAGGAGGGAGGCCCAGCUCGCCGCUCUGAGGUACGACGAGGAGAGACAGAAGAACCGAUCUGUGCAGAGAGACGCCAUCACCAGCUACACCAAGCACAAAGCAGCUCAGAGUCCAACAAAGUCCAGUCCAGACAGUGAGAACGUCUACCCCUCCAGACGCUCCACCCACACAGAUGACUCCGCCCUCUUCAUGGGAGAGGACAGAGCUGCUCUGUCUCCUACAGCCAAUCAGUCACCUUCCUACCCCUCCUCAGGGGGCGUGUCCUCCUGUCGGACAGCCAGUCAGAGACCAGAGAGCUUCCUGUUCCGCCUGGGUCAGAGGGAGGAGAAGAGGAAAGGUGAGCUGUGGUCAGGUGAUGCUCCGCCUCCUCAGACCCAGGAAGAGACUCCUGCUGCUCCUCCUCUGGCCGGAGAAGAUGCUGAGCUGGUGGAGCAGCUCCGAAAGAAUAUUGAGGCCCGUCUGAAGGUGUCGUUGCCUAGCGACCUCGGAGCAGCUUUGACAGACGGGGUGGUGCUCUGUCACUUGGCCAAUCACGUGAGACCUCGGUCCGUCCCCAGCAUCCACGUCCCCUCCCCCGCUGUGCCUAAACUCACCAUGGCCAAAUGUCGACGAAACGUUGAGAACUUCCUGGAGGCGUGUCGCAGGAUCGGUGUUCCACAGAGUCAGUUGUGUCUUCCACUGCACAUCCUGGAGGAGCGAGGGCUCCCCCAGGUGGCCGGGACCGUCAGCGCCCUGCUCGACCUGGCCCCGCCCAGACACCCCGUCACCACCACCAGCAACACGACGACGACGACCACACCUGGACCCUCUGUCAGCAUGUAGACAACAGCACCACCACUGCACGCGCUCAGUCCGCCUCCUGUAACGCCCGUUAGGUUGUUUUAAUGUCUUCAGGUGGAGAUAAAAAAAAUGCUCCAGAGCAGCAGCAGGUCGGAUCUGACGGAGACAUGAACACAGCCGGAGACACGACGACAUAUACGACACUCAAAAUGAUCAAACUAUACGUAUGUGAAGUGGCUGUGAAAGAAUCUGUAGCUUUACUGAGUCCCAAACCAGAAAAUAAUUCCACAAAGAAACAAAGGGAAGCAGCAGCAGAAUGAAACCACCAAAAAUAUAAAUAUGUGCAGGAACAUGUUCCAGGCAGCUCCUCUGGAUCACGAGUCUCAAACUUUGCCUUUGUUCUCUCUUUGUGCACAGUUAUCAGAAAAAUCCUUUAUAAAAUCCACCAGGAACAACUACAAACAUCUACAAAAACCUGACGACUCGUACGUUUCAUAAGUUUUAAAUCUUCAGGUUGAAGAAUUAUUCAGUGACUUAAGUAUUCACAUGAUGGAUGGAGGUAGUUUUGACAUUAAGCUAAUAUAGCUAACUGCUAUCUUUAUGGGUCCUCUUGGUUUGGAAAUGAAUCUUCACUCUGUACUGUUACAGUGAUGGUGGGUUUGGAAAUUAAGCUAAUGUAGCUAAACGCUAAUGUUUACAUUGUUUUAUGUGGAAAGACUUGAGUGUAAAACAUUCAUCCACGAGGACCAUAGUUAUCACACUGCUAACUGCUAACGAUAGCUGACACAAAUGUACAGCAGGUUUAUGGUUUUUUUUAAACAACACUAAUGUAGCUUGCUGCUAACUGUAGCCACUAAUAAUCUAGAUGGUUUGGAGAUGAAGCUAACGUAGUUAGCAGCUAACAUUAACAUUGUGAAGCUAGUCGGUUUAUAUAUUAAUGCAACACGGCUAGUUGUAAAAUAUUAGCUGAUAUUAAACCACUUAGUUUGGGGUUGAAGCCAAUACAGGUCAGUGCCAAAGAGACACCAACACUUCCAACUGCUAACUGUAGCAACAUAAAUGUACAGUAGAUGGUCUGAAAAAUGCUCACUGCUAGCAUUAGUUAACAUUAUGAGGUGAGGUGUAAAGAUUAAAUGAAACGGCUAGCUUCACAUAUUAGCUAACAUGAUAUAGUUAUGACUAAAGAUUAAAAUAAAACUGCUAGCUUACAUAAAAGCAAAUAUUAUGUACCUAGAUGUAAAGACUAAACUAAAAUUUAGCUUAGCUUUAAAUAUUAGCUAACAUUACAAAAGUAGCUUCAAAAAUUAAACUGAAACAGUUAGCUUUACAUAGUAGCUAACGUUAUUAGGUAAUGUGACAAGUUAAACUGGCUAGCAUUACAUGUUAGCUUCGAACAUUAGCUAAUAUUGUGUAGUUAGGUGUAAAGAUUUAACGGACAAGGCUAGCUUUAAACAUUAGCUAACAAUAUGUAGUUAGGUGCAAAGACGAAACUGUAACAGCUAGCUUUAAACUAUGCUAGUAUUUUGUGCCUAGGUGUAAAGACUAAAUUGAAAGAUCGAGAUUUCAACAUUAGCUAACAUUAUGUAAAUAGUUGUAAAGAUUUAACUGACAAGGCUAGCUUUAAACUUAAGCUGACAUUUGUACUUGGUUGCAAAGACUAAAUUGAAAUUGUUAGCUUUAAAUAUUAGCUAACUUUGUGUAGUUAGAUGUAAAGACUAAACUGAAACAGCUAGCUUUAAACAUUAGCUAAAAGUAUGUAGUAAGGUGUAAAGAUUUAGCUAAAACUGUUUUAGCAUUAGCUAAAAUUAAUGUAGUUAGAUGGAGAGGCUAAACCUAAACAGCUAGCUUUAAACAUUGGCUAACAUUAUGAAGCUAGGUGUGAACUGACAUGACGAGGUGUAGUUGAAGCUGGUUGAAAUCAUCUCCGCUAAAUGCUAAUGAUAGCUAACAUAGUAACUGUUACACAGUAACUGCUGUAUGAACCCAGUAGGUGUGGAAGCUAAACUAGUACAAUUAGCUUCAAACAUUAGCUCACAUUGGACUGUAAGGUUUUGAGUUGAAGCUAAUGUAGCGUGGUGGUAACGUUAGCUAACAUUAGCUAACAUCUUCAGUUGUGUUUUCUCCGUCAGAUCCAAAUGUCAGAAUUUAGUUUUUAUUUAAAACUUACCUGAGUUUUCAUUGGAGGUCAGUUAGAUUGACAUCAGCGAUCAUGUGACGGAGACAGACGUGAACUCUGAGUGGGAGGAGCUUAUUUUGUUUUUAUUUCUGUCUCCGUGACGAUGUCACGGCUGACAGCUCAGGUUGGUACCUGGCUGCUGUCACCACCUGGUCCAUCGUCCACACGUGAUCACGACCUUCAUCAUAGUCAUGACAUCACUUUCACUGAUCAUGUGCUCAGUCACCAUGUGGCCAAAAGUAUGUGUACGUUUGUUGUCAUGACCCGACCGGAGGGGUCGUAAUUGAUUUAUUAGAUUAGAAAGAAAAGACGAAAUAAUAAUAAAACUUUAUUUAUACAGCAGUGUUUGACACCUCAGUGACGCACAGAGUUCACCUUGAGACAUACAAUAUAAAACCAUUAAACUUUAUUUAUAACAGUUUUAUGAACAUGAACACAGACGACAGUAAUUAGCUGAUACUGUCCAUAAGUCAAUAAUCACUAUUAUUUCAAACAAAGCUGAUUCUAACCCUGAAGGUCCUGCUGUGAUUGGACAAGGACGAUCAGGUGGUGACUGUUGCAUUCUGGGACAUUUUUUACAUUUAAAAAAAACUCUCCUGAUGCGACACUACAGUCACACGACCAGUUUUUAUUCUUCGUAAAUAUAUGUGUACAAAUAUACUCUGUAAAUAUAGGUGUGUGUGUGUGUGUGAGUGUGUGUGAGUGUGAGUGAGUGAGUGAGUGAGAGUGAGUGAGCGCCGUGGACAGACGCAGUCCCCAAUCGAAGGUCAAAGGACAAGAAAAGUUUCUUUUUGUUUAAGUUAAUGAAAAUGGAGGAAGCGGUGGGCGGAGCUUCACCUGUGAUGUCAGGAGGUCAGCUCUGUUGUGUUAAAGGAGCAGUACACCCAAACACCCAGCACCCGUCACUGUCUCCUGUCUCUUGUCUCUGCGCUGGACUUAAUCAGUGAGUCUCUGGAUCCUCUCUCUCUGCUCUUUUUUCACACUUCUUCCAAACUUCCUGUUCAGAGUUCAGCGUUUCUUCUGAAUGCCGUUGCUCCGUCAGAAAAAAGUCAACAGGGACGAUAAAAAAUAGAUUUCAGGACAAUUGCAAGAUCAAAGUUAAACCGAGUGUCACGCACCAAAUUCAUCCUCCUGGUGCAGUAACGCGUAACGUCCUCACGUCAAGACAUGACACAUUACUGCAUCUUUCACUUCACUCCGCCUCACUCUGACCUGUCGUCCUUGUUCGUGGACACUUAAAUGUCCCAUCUUGUGGCACCAACACCACAAGUGGCGGUAAUGCACCUAAUACGCUGGUUGCCAACCGCCGUUAAAAGACAAAAAGAAGAAGACCAACACCACAACACACUAAUGUAAAAACAAGAUGACCGCCUCUGCAGAGUCAGUCCAACAUCACUGACCUGCAGAGCCUCAGGGUCAGAGGUGUGUGAGUCAAAGAGGGCGGGGCAUCUGUCAAUCAGAGACUCACAGUGACUCACAUCUCCUGUUGGUCAAAAACUUAACCUUAUUUAAUUCAGCCAAUCACCUCACAGCAGUGGGAGGAGACAACAUUUCAACUAGCGAGCUACACUAGCACUAGCUAGCUUCUGCUUAUCAACUUCCUGAUCAUCACAGAGUGAAGUAACUUUAACCACGGCUUAUUUUAGAAAGAAGCAGCACGACAUGACGUGUUCUUUGUUCAGAUUAUCAAACGGACGAUGGAUCAUAGAUGUUUACUUCACUGUUAGCUAGCAUAGCAAGCAUAAGCUACACUAGCUAAGUUAGCUUAGCUUUAAAAUGUUGUUGUCUGUUGGUGCUGUGUCGAGUAUAAAAGCUAGGAUGGGUGAUCCGGAGGGACACAAAGCCCAGAGGAAAAAAGGACAGAGUCCAUGUCUCCACAUCCAGGGAUGUGUGGACACUGGAGGAAAGCCGACAGACCCCGCCCACUGAAGUACUGCCCUCACAGCCUGGGUCAGCGGGUCUGAUGGAGGCUGUUCAGGAGCUCAGAUUCAGGACGCUUGUCUUAUCUGUCCCCGGGGGUUUCAUGUCCCUGUCUUCAGGACGGACAGCACCAACAGAUGGAGACGUUUUUUAUCAACAUUUUAAAGAGUAAACUUUUCAGCGAGCUAACGCUGCAGCCAGAAACAAACAUCUUUGAUCCAUCGUCUGUUUGAUCAUCUGAACACAGAAGACAUUUCUUAAAUCAUCUGAACUACAUCUUUAUCACUCUCCAUCUGUUCAACAGGAAACUGCAGCUCUGGUACUCGUGCACACACAGAUCGAUGUUUCUCUGUCAGUCUGCAGACGUUCAGACACAAGGUCCAAAACCUGAUCACAUUUUAUAGUCAAACUUCAUUUAUGAUUAAUAAAGUUUGUAGUUUGAUACGGCAACAAGUUUGACCCAUUUUAUCCACAGUAACAAGCUGAGACGAGACGUUUACGAGGAUGGACUCGUCUGAGGAUGUCGGGACUUUGUUAUCGUCUUGUUUGAAGACUCUUAGAUUUGUUGUGUGUUCAGCUAUGUGCUCUGCCGUCUUCAGGAGUUGAAGUGAACAGUUUGGAUGUGAGCCCUAAAUAACUGUCUGAUACUCUGUUACACACUUAAACCUGUCGUCCCUGUACGAGGAUAUUGUUUCGUUUCAAACCAACUUCCUGUUCAAAGGUGUUUAGUUUUUCAUACCUCAGGUCAAACCGAUCCCAGAUCACGAGGAGAAAUUAAAGAUACAUGUGAACAGAACUCUUCAGGGUCUCAGGAGGAUUUUAUAAUUAAAGAGUUUCUGAUGUUUGAGAUGUUCUUCCCGUUUAAGCUCCACCCACAGAGACAGACAGGAAACGUGACCACAGUUGAGUUCUUAACAUUAAACCUUUAUUUCCAUGUUCAGAUGUUGCAUUCAGGUGACGUGGGACAUGAGGAUGUUGGUCAUGUUUGUUCCUGUUUGACCUGAAUGCAGCGUCACACCUGACCUCACCUGUGUGAACUGCGUCUUUAAUCUCUUGCUGGUGUUGGUGAGUUACCUGUGAGGCAGAACUCGGGGCCCAACAGUCCCCCUGAGCAGGUGCUGUGAUUGGCAGUUGUUCUGUCCAAUCACGUGUCUCCGUGUCCUGAGCGGACAGGUGUGGACUGACCUAUCAGGUGGUUCCAUGUUUGUACAGAUGUUUAAUGUUUUUCUCAUGUGCUUCUCCUGCGGCGGUGACGGGGUCAGGUGACGGUGGUGACGGGGUCAUGUGAGGGCAGUGACGGGGUCAUGUGAUCGCAGGGUGGUGUGGUUUUAAAGGACAUUCCACCGUGUUUUCUGGAGGACAAACAGACUGUCACAGUUUUUACAGUUUUUCACUUUGUUUUCUUUUUGCUGUAAACUGUAUAAAAGAUUUGAACACGUGUAUGAAGAGUUGAGUUUAAGUGCUUAAAAUAAAUAUUUUAAUUUGA